ACAGGCCUGCUUAACGCUAUUUUCCCCCCCUCUUUAAGUAGCCUGAGUAAGGCCUCAUUAUCAUAAAUGUAACUCUAAUUGUCAGCCUUUAACCUGACAGUAUUUUGCCUUGGAGCUCUGGGUGUUCUAACUGUUCCAGCUCAGGCCUUGUUGUGUGUUGUUCUACGCAAAUGUGCACCUGCAGGCCGGCCUCUCAUUGGCUGAACGCACAGUCAGAUUCUCCUGCGGAAUUAUCUGAUUGAAAAUCAGGGAGGAGAAAAAGAAAGAGCAACAAGUGUGAUGGUGUUACACUGCUUUUCUUUUUGGGCUGUCAGGGAUUCAGGGAAAGGAUUUCUGCGACGCAUUUUUCUACAUUGAAUUAAAAAACUGAAGGAGACUUUCCUUAUUUGUAACAAACUUCAACUUUCACCUCACAAGAGCCUGUUAACGGUCCAACAUGCCUCGGUCAUUUCUGGUGAAAAACAAGCGGCUACCAUCUCACAAUAUUCACAGGUCAUAUGAAGACGAGCUGCAGGCCCCUGUGUGUUCAGAAGCUCCAGCAGAGGUUCACAACACAGACUCUUCAGAUGAUCCUCAGUCAGAGGAGCGGUCUCCCCCUCCAGGCCGCUGCUCCUUUGAGGAGGAGGAGGAUGCAGAGCUUGAGCGCCCCUUACCUGCUCACCCAGAGCCAACCAGACCCCCUAUGGCUCUCACACAGCCAUUCUACCUAAGUGAUCCUCACAUGGCAGGAUUCCCUCCGUACUACAAACCAACCUAUGCCUGGGACCCAGUGACCUCUUCCUAUGAGCUUCGUCAGAUGAGUUUUAGUCCCAAAGUUCUGCAGCACGCCGGAAAUCUGUACACGAGCCACCUGAGCUGCAGCCCGCCACCUCAGCAGCCUCUGGACUGCAGCACCCAUUACUCCCCCACCUCCAACACCUACCACUGCAUCACCUGUGACAAGGUGUUCUCCACACCACACGGGCUGGAGGUCCACGUCAGGAGGUCUCACAGUGGAACAAGACCUUUUGGCUGCAACAUCUGCAGAAAAACCUUCGGCCACGCCGUCAGUCUGGAGCAACACAUGAAUGUCCACUCUCAGGAAAAAAGCUUUGAGUGCAAGAUGUGUGGCAAAACCUUCAAGCGCUCCUCCACGCUCUCCACACACCUGCUCAUCCACUCAGACACGAGGCCGUACCCCUGCCAGUACUGCGGCAAGAGGUUCCACCAGAAGUCUGACAUGAAGAAGCACACGUACAUUCACACAGGAGAAAAGCCUCACAAAUGCCAGGUGUGUGGUAAAGCCUUCAGCCAAAGCUCCAACCUGAUCACCCACAGCAGGAAACACACCGGCUUCAAACCGUUUGGAUGUGACAUUUGUUCGAAAGGCUUCCAGCGUAAAGUGGAUCUCCGCAGACAUCACGAGAGCCAGCACGGCAUGAAGCCGAAACUUUAGCCUCAGUGUUUGAAGACGUUCAAAUCAAUGUCUAGUUUAAUUACAUGUUCAUGUUGACGUUAUUUAAGUGUCUGGUACGUUUUGGAUAGCCUUCGCAGAGGAAAUGAAGAAGUAGUGACAUCAAAACUCUGGUUGAAGGCUGUUUAAUCAAAUUAAAUGCAUCCUGUAUCAUGAAGAAGUGAAUUAAAGUGUAUUAGUUAAUUUAUUGUUAGUUACCUGUUUGCCUGUGGAUGAAUGUCAGAUGUGGCAAUGCCUUAUUUACUCUAAUUAUGCAAUUUAGUUUUUGAUUACAGAAGUCCUGAGCGGGCUUGCUUCCAUACAUUUUAUUAACUCUGUUUUCCUGCAAUAACAAGUGAGUGUUAAUGUUUUCACAAGGUGUAGACAUAACGUGAGACGAUCAAAUCUCAUAAAUUAAGAGUUGUAAAAGCAUAAAAACUAUUACAGAAAUAAGUUUAACUGAACUGGAAGAGUGACAUGUCCUGGUCUGGUCUGUCACAGUGAAAAUGAUCCUGUUUUCACAAUAAAAUAAUCUUUGUAAUAUUCAGAUAACUGGAAUAGAUAGUCAAGAUCUUCAGAAAACAGCUCACAUUAAUUUGCUGUCAUGAGAAAACCAGCUUUGUUUCCUGAAGAAAUUAAAGUAAUUAAAAAUGUAUGGAUGUAUGUCGGCUUCGGGCUUCUUUAGUUAAUAACAAAGUCACAGGAAUUUUCUUUUUGUUUUAAAUUAUUUAUUUAAAGUCUGUUUGGUCACUCUGCUGUAUUUUUGCUUGAGUUCAUG